CAAAAACGCCUGGAACCGGAACCGAGCCGGAGCUGUGUUUUUCGGUCUACUUUUGUGGGCGGAUACAGCGGAGGAGGGCAUCCGGGCCUGGCAGCUCCGGAGGGUCCGCUUAAAACCACGGAAUUCACCGUUUACAGGCCGCUCACCGCCCCGCCAUGGAGAAGAUGAAGAGGAUUAAGAAGCGUCUGUCGUUAACGCUCCGCUCGAGUCAGACCAUCGACGAGUCGCUCUCCGAGCUGGCCGAGCAGAUGACCAUCGAGGACGGCGGCACCAAGGACAAUGAGCCCUUCAUGAGGAACGGCCGCCCGCCCACCUCCCACAGCAUGCACUCCUUCCUGCACCAGUACACGGGCUCCUUCAAAAAGCCGCCGCUGCGCCGGCCGCACAGCGUCAUCGGCGGCACCUUGGGCUCGUUCAUGUCCAUCCCGCGCAACGGCAGUCGCUUGGACAUUGUGCACGAGAAUCUUAAGAUGGGCUCCGACGGAGAGAGCGACCAAGCGUCGGGGACGUCAUCGGACGAGGUCCAGUCCCCAACGGGCGUCUGCCUGAGGAACCGAGUCCACCGGAGAAUCUCCAUGGAGGACCUCAAUAAGCGCUUGUCGCUGCCGGCCGACAUCCGAAUUCCCGACGGCUACUUGGAGAAGCUGCAGCUCACCAGUCCUUCGUUCGACCAGCCGCUCAGCCGCCGCUCGCGCCGCGCGUCGCUGUCCGAGAUUGGCUUUGGGAAAUUGGAGACCUAUAUUAAGCUGGACAAACUGGGAGAGGGAACCUACGCCACCGUUUUCAAAGGACGCAGCAAGCUCACCGACAACCUGGUGGCCCUGAAGGAGAUCCGCCUGGAGCACGAGGAGGGGGCGCCGUGUACAGCCAUCAGAGAAGUGUCGUUACUGAAGGACCUAAAACACGCCAACAUUGUGACACUGCACGACAUUGUUCACACCGACAAGAGCCUCACGCUGGUGUUUGAGUACCUGGAUAAAGAUCUGAAGCAGUACAUGGAUGACUGCGGAAACAUAAUGAGCAUGCACAACGUGAAGGUCUUUUUGUUCCAGAUUUUGCGCGGGCUGUCGUAUUGUCACAAGAGGAAAGUUCUCCACAGGGACCUGAAGCCUCAGAACCUCCUCAUCAACGAGAAGGGAGAGCUCAAGCUGGCUGAUUUUGGUUUGGCGAGGGCAAAGUCGGUCCCGACUAAAACGUACUCUAAUGAAGUGGUGACUCUUUGGUACCGACCUCCCGACGUUCUGCUGGGCUCCUCCGAGUAUUCGACGCAGAUCGACAUGUGGGGCGUGGGCUGUAUAUUUUACGAGAUGGCCGCCGGUCGGCCGCUUUUCCCCGGCUCCACGGUGGAGGACGAGCUCCACCUCAUCUUCAGGUUACUCGGCACGCCCACGGAGGAAAACUGGCCGGGAAUCUCCUCCGUCGAAGAGUUCAAAUCUUACAACUUCCCCAAAUACAAACCUCAACCCUUCAUCAACCACGCCCCCAGGCUCGACGGCGAAGGGAUCGAGCUGUUGCUGGCUUUCCUCAGAUACGAAUCCAAGAAGAGGAUCUCGGCCGAGGAUGCGAUGAAACAUUCCUACUUCAGGCAUCUUGGGAUGAGAGUUCACACGUUGCAUGAGAGUGUGUCCAUCUUCACAUUGAAGGAGGUGCAGCUGCAAAGAGACCCGGGCUACAGGAAUUCCUCGUACCCGGAGUCAGGCAACGGCAAGAUCAACCGGAGGCAGAGCAUGCUCUUCUAGACUUGCGGAUGGACACCUUCAUCGUCGCCCUCUCACCUGACCAGCAUGACACAGUGAUCCCCCCCCUCACCACGGCCCCUCCCUUCCUGGUUUACCCAACACACACGCAUCCACAUGCACACACGCCUCUUGAGUUAGCUUGACCGUUCAAUUGGUGUGUUUAUUUAUUUCCGGACGGUGGGGGGGGGGGGGCUGUUUGCUGCUAAAGUUCUACUGUAUGUAUUUAACAAAAACCUUAUUUGUGUGAGCGUGUGUCUACGUUUGUGUGUGAAGUUGAGCCUCCGUGCUAUUUUUUAUUUUUUUUUUUUGGCCUCGGCUCCCGAUUAAUUUUGUUUCAAAAUUCCACGGAUGGCGUUCAAGCUGUGAUUCAAGUUUUUGGAGACCACUCGCUUCGUUUGUUUUUAUAUUAACGUGUUUAGAGUUUCGAUUUUUGGGUUUUAUUGUCGGAAAUGACACAUUUCAAAGUCUUGAUUUGGCUCUAGGUGGGAGGACACCAAAAUGUAGAAAACCCUUUUUUUUUUUUUUGGUUGAGUCAGAUCAAAUUUGAACAUUUGGGAUCAAAAUUUGGAGCCACACUGAAACGGGAAAAAAAAUAGUAAAGUCACAAGAAAAGUUGCAAUAUUAUAACAAUAACUUGAAGAAAAAAUGUGAAAAUUUUCACAUUUAUUAUAAAGGCUAUUUUUGUAAAAAUAUAUAUAUUUCUUGCAAAAUACGCUGACUUUAUAAUUCUAAUGGUCCAACUUUUUCUCUGUUCUUGCAAAAUUCCAGCGUUCCUCAUAAUGUUGACUUUUUUUUCUAUAUCUACUAUGGCUUCAUUCUCUUAAAACAGCAACAUUUUUUUAUUCUUCUGAAAACAUUGUGACUUCAUUGCAACAGUGCAAACGCUUUUCUUCAUAACACUCCCUGCAUCAUAUUUCCUCAUAAUGUUCUCUGACUCUACUUGAAAGACGACUUCUUUAUUCUCAUCAAAAUAAUGCAACUUUCUUCUUGUAUAGUGCGACUUUAAACAAAAUUACAACUUGUAUUUUCUUUUCAGUGUGGCCCAAAUACUUCUCGGAAGAAAGCAGUGCGGGUGGUUUCAGGAAUUUUUUUAUUCCCUCUUUAACUUUCACUGCAGUAACUUUGUGUUGAACCUGCACUUUUAUUUUAAAGACAUAUUGGCAGGCGUUAGCCGAGUGUACCCAACAGUAUUAAGUUCUCUACGUCUGUGACCUUUGAAAUCUCGCGUCAACCUGCAGGGGGGGGGGGGGGGGGGGGGUCGUGGAGCAGCGGGGCUUCUCCACGCCCCGGCCCGAUAUUGUAGUUGAUUUGUAUGGAAGUCUCAUUCCUAGUCGCCGUGCGUUUACUGAAGAGCUCCUCGAUUCUCGCCGCAGACUCAGAAGUGUGCUUUGCUUUCCCGCGCUAGAUCAUGCAGCAGAUAUUUUGUCUAGAAGUGGUACACUCCCCGUAGCAGAGUGUAAAAGCUACAAUGACCCCAGGGAAUGUAUCGAGUGUCUGUAAAUGUUCUACAUUCUGAUCCCAGUCCACGAAAUGUGCAGUAACGACUACUACGACUUGUUGUUUGCAGCUAAUGGUGUCCUAAUCCCGUAAGCACACUGUAUUCGUCUUUCACAAGUAGAUGCAAAAUAUAUGACCGAUCGUUUGACAUGGCAAAGUGAACCUAUUUUUUCUACCAAUACGUUGUAAAGCUGAUGUUGUCUUCUAGCCAUGAGACAAAAGAUGUGUGUUUUGUUCACUUUGAGGAAGCA